AUCAUCAUCAUUUUUUUUUAUUCAUUUCUAAUUAUUUAAUUUAUUUUAUUUUUGCGUGGAUGCAGUGGCCCAAGCUUUGGCUUUCUUCUCUUUCUCUCUGCUUCUUCUGACAAUCUCAUAUUCACUUCCUUUUCAUCUAUAGAAACCAAAAUCUGCUACUGCUUCUCCAUUCCCCAAAACCAAUCUUCUUCUUGAUUCCUCAAAAAGCUGCUAUUUUUUUUUUUCACUCUCUCUCUCUCUAUUCUCUGAUUUAGAUUUCACUCUUAUUGGUUUUAUUUUUUAUUUUUUAUUUUUGGUUUGAAUUUUGGGUUUGAUUGUGUAUGUAAACAGAAUUUUAUGUGUCCCAUUGGUGUAAAGAUUUGAGCUUUUUGUUGUACUUCUUUUUGGGUGUGUGUAUUCAAGAGCUUCUGUUUGAUCAAAGAGAAGUUCUUUUUGUUUUGUUUUGAAUUUUCUGCUGGUGAACUCGUUGGAAAAACCCGAGCUUUUUUGAGGCUCGGGAUCUGAAUUGUAAUGGAGUUAUCAAAGGAGAAGCUGAAGAGCAGUGUGGUUGUUGAAGAUGGAGCUGACCCAAAGUCUUACUAUAUGCAGAAGUUCAGGCUUUAUGAAACUCGCUCGAAAUUUUUUAUGAUAGGAAGAGACAAAAGCAGAACAAUUUGGAGGGUCUUAAAGAUUGACAGAUUGGAGCGAUCUGAAUUAAAUAUCAUUGAAGAUAUAACAGUAUACUCAGAAAUUGAGUGUUGUGACCUUCUGCGGCGGAUACAUGAAGGAAACAAGUCAACAGGGGGACUUAAAUUUGUAACAAUGUGUUAUGGAAUCAUUGGAUUUAUCAAAUUUCUUGAGCCAUACUACAUGAUGCUUAUAACAAAACGAAGGAAGAUCGGUACAAUAUGUGGGCACACUAUAUAUGCUAUCACAAAGAGCGAAAUGGUUCCUAUUCCACAUGCCACUGUGCAAUCCAAAAUGGCAUGUUCUAAUGAUGAGAAAAGAUACAAGAAGCUUCUAUGCAGUGUGGAUCUUACGAAGGACUUCUUUUUCAGCUACUCAUACAAUGUCAUGCUUAGUCUUCAAAAGAACUUAUCUGGUCAUAAUAUUAUGGGACAAUCACUUUAUGAAACACUCUUUGUUUGGAAUGAAUUCUUAACUCGUGGAAUCAGGAAUAAUCUCCAGAAUACUUCUUGGACAGUUGCCUUGGUGUAUGGAUUUUUUAAACAGGUCAAACUUUCCGUAUCUGGCCGUGAGUUCAACUUGACCAUCAUUGCUAGGCGCUCACGGCAUUAUGCUGGGACCAGAUAUUUGAAACGAGGAGUGAAUGAAAAGGGUAGAGUAGCUAAUGAUGUUGAGACAGAACAGAUAGUCUUUGCAGAUGCUCAUGAUGGAUGCCCAAUGCAAAUCAGUUCUGUGGUGCAGAUCAGGGGUUCAAUCCCUCUGUUCUGGUCUCAGGAAGCCUCUCCAUUGAAUAUAAAACCUGACAUCAUAUUAUCAAGGAAAGAUGAUGAUUUUGAAGCAACAAGACUUCAUUUUGAAAAUCUUGUCAAGAGAUAUGGAAAUCCAAUUAUUAUAUUGAACUUGAUUAAGACACGUGAGAAGAAGCCUCGAGAAACUAUUUUGCGAGCCGAGUUUGCAAAUGCUGUUAGGUCCAUUAAUACAAAUUUGAAAGGGGAUAAUCGCCUGAGGUUCCUUCAUUGGGAUUUGCAUCGGCACUCAAGAUGCAGCAAAGCUACCAAUGUGUUGGCACAACUGGGAAAAGUGGCUGCAUAUGCAUUGAAGCUAACUGGCAUCUUCUACAGUCCAGUGACACCGAAUUUGAGGCUCGAGGGAUUUUUUCAAUAUUCCUACUCUGAGAAUAACAAUGUCACUGAUCACUCUGUCACAGAGCGAGAUAGUAUGAACAAGGAAAAUGUUGAUAAAGAAACAGAAGUUGGCAAUUGUUAUUAUAGUGGUGAUGAGAUCAAAGAUUAUAGUGUCAAACCCCAGAUGCUUCAAGCAGGGGUCUUGAGGACUAAUUGCAUAGACUGUUUAGAUCGUACCAAUGUUGCGCAAUAUGCUUAUGGAUUAGCUGCACUAGGACAUCAACUACAAAUUUUAGGAUUUAUGGAAUCCCCAAAUAUUGAUCUUGAUAACCCUUUGGCAAAGGAAUUAAUGGAAGUCUAUGAGUCCAUGGGCGACACAUUAGCCUUUCAAUAUGGGGGUUCUGCAGCGCACAAUAAGAUAUUUUCUGAGAGAAGAGGUCAAUGGAAGGCAGCAACACAAUCCCAGGAAUUUAUUCGAACCCUGCAGCGUUAUUACAACAACACAUAUAUGGAUGGAGAUAAACAAAAAGCAAUUAACAUAUUCUUGGGGCAUUUUCAGCCACAACAAGGAAAAGCGGCACUGUGGGAGCUAGAUUCAGAUCAACAUCACACUGUUGGGAAACGUGGCCCCUGUUUAGCAGAUGACAAAUUUAGAUCAAGUAUUAAAAGAUCACUAUCAGAUGGCAACAUUGUCGGUGAAAGUGAUACUACAGUUAGGACCAAUUGUCAGCACCCAUCUGAAAUACCUGAUAAGCGUCGUCUUUCAGAGUCUACUCCAGACAUCUUUACUUGUGGAAGUGCCAUUUGUCAUUGCAGGCAGUUAUAUGGGAGAAUGGUUAAGGACCAACAUUGUGACAGUGAUCACAUUGGUUUUGAUGAACAUGGAGAUGCAUGCGACUGCUCCAAUUUCCUUGAUGUGGACUGGCUUUCUUCUUCUGGGAAUUCUUGCGAAGAGGAAUUACUUGAAAGGUCAACCAGCAUCUCCUCAGAGAAUAUUGUGAAUGAACUAAAAACUGAGACAUCUGCAAGUGAGUCUGGAUCCAGCAUGAAGGGAAAGCUGAGUGGAGCAGAACUCAACAAAGAUGGCAAAUACACUGAAAGCUUUGAACGCUGGGUAACUAAUGGGGAGAUGCUUUUUGUCUAAUAAGACUAUUCAUGAAUAGUUUUGUGACAUUUAUCACCCCAUCCGAAGGAUUGUGGGUUCCUGACUUGCUGUACAGAAAUAAAUGGUAAGAUAUAAUCCAAAAGCAAAAAUAGCAAAUGCAGCAGCUGAGGAGCUGAUUUUUGGUUCAAGGGCAUUUGAGUUAACAGAUUAUAUUUGCCCUGCAAAGUUCUCUGUAGUCCAUGGUAGCCAUCAUUUGGGAGGUAAUGUUAGAUGUCAAUAGGUAAAUUCAUUUUUGUGCCUCCCCAACUAGUUACAUUAUUAAACAUACCAAAAUCAUCAACCUUAUAUAUCAUUUUCAUUGAGAAAACAAAAAUAUUUCAUAGCUGGUACUCAGGUUAUAACUGCUUUGA